UUGAUUCAAAUCUCGCCCAACUAAAUUUGAAACUUGAAAUCCCUUCUUCGCAUUGUGAAGAAUUCUCAAUUUCCACGAUCUUUUGCUCCCGUGCUUCUCUGCACGAUUUUUGGUACAUUUGUUGUUCAUCCUAAUUAACCCCCUUCUAUCCCCAACAUUCAGGAAAUUAAGCAAAUACGAAUAGAAUGAUGAAAUAGCCUUCGCUCAUUAACUAAAAGUAGGGUCGCUACCAAAACUAACUCCGUAAAAAAAAUUGUAGAAAUUAUGCUUUUCCUAAAUUCAAUACCCUCCAAAAUUUCAGACCGUUACAAAGAUUUGCACAAGAUGGAUCGUUUAACAAUUUACAGAGUUGUUUAUUCUUCGAAAAAUUCUCAGAAAUCUUGAAAUGGAAUUUGUAAACCAAGAGGCGUAGAACUGCAAAGAAGAAGAAGUUGGUGUUCAAGAAUUAGCCUGUACAAAAGAAGCAGCAGAAUCACACCAAUAAAUAGAAAUUAUAGAAAGAAUUACAGAAGAAGCAGGAGAGAAGAACAAGGAAAAUGAGGUAUAGAAAGAACAUUUAACAUAUAUAAGCAAUUUUAUACAAUACCAGUUGCAACCAUGGCGCAACAUUCUCUAUUUAGAGACCAUGAGCAUAUACAGAAUCAGCAGGAGCUACAAUUAGAUUCAGAUUCCCAAUCCAUUUCAUCAUGCUUACACACACCACAGCAAAAACAAGAGAGCUACCGCAGCCACAAAAAACACCACCCUCAACCUUCUACUUCGCAAUCGUUGGAGAAUGGUGAUAGGGAUAGAUCAGGAGUCCCCAAGCUCGAAGAAGCAAAUAAACAGAAUGGAACACAAGUAGGGUCUUCUCCACAGAACGACGGGUCCACAGUAGCAACAGGGAAGACAGUGUUCCUGAGAAAACUGAAUGCACAGGCUCCUGAAUUCGUUCCAAGAGGAGGUUCUUCUUCAUUGUCCCCUCUGCAGGGGCCAACAAUACCCCCUCUUCAGCAGAACCGCAAAUCAGCCCUGCCACGCCUUACGAUUCCUCAGAAGCCCAACUCUCAAGUGUAUUCAUCACCCAGAUUACCUAGUCAGUUCUCUCCCAUUCCUUCUCAAGUGGGUCAGUCUUCGUUUUCCUUUUCUUCUUCCCCCAGGACUCCUUCUCAUCUUUUCACUGCUGUUGGUACUGCUGAGUGUAACGGUGAUCAUGAAGCCUCCGAUGCAGACAAUACAGGGAGUUGCAGUUCGAAUUCUUUAUCCAAGGGUGGUCUCCUCACUGAAGAACUCAGGCAGAAAAUUGUUAAACAGGUGGAAUUUUACUUCAGUGAUGCAAAUCUUAUUGCUAACGAUUAUUUGAUGAAGUUUGUGAAUAAAGAUCCUGAAGGAUUUGUUCCUAUUCCAGUUAUUGCAUCUUUCAAGAAGGUCAGAAGUCUUGUUACCAACUAUGCGUUGGUCACGGCUGCACUGAGAACCUCUUCACAAUUGGUGAUAAGUGAAGAUGGGAAGAAAGUCAAGCGAGCAUCCCCAAUGUCUGAUGCAGGAAUUGAAGAAUUGCAGUCACGCACAGUUGUUGCAGAAAAUUUGCCAGAAAAUCAUAGUAAUGAAAAUAUUGUGAAAGUUUUUGCUACAGUUGGCACUGUAAAGAUGGUACAUAUUUGCCACCCUCAGGCAGUUGAGCCUUCAAGUCCACUGGGCACAAGAUUUACCAAGACUGAUAUGCUUGUCAGCAACAAGCUGCAUGCCCUUGUGGAAUAUGAAUCAGUUGAACAAGCUGAAAAAGCAGUUGCAGAACUAAAUGAUGAAAGGAACUGGAGAAGUGGUCUUCGAGUGCGAUUGCUACUCCGGCGAACGGGAAAGCCUGUAAAUCAGUCUAGAGGGCGAAAAGUGGGAUCUGAUAACAUGGAUGGUAUUGGUGAAGAGGAGGAGGUAUCUACAUCAGAAACAGUCAAUGACAAACAUUUAGAAGACUGUCCACAGCAUGCUGAUUUUGUGGGUGAGGAACAGUACUCCACUGAUAAGGAGGGAGGAAAAAAAGGCAGAGGACGAGGACGAGGAAGAGGCCAUGGGCGUAGUCAGUAUCAUAAUGGACGUAGCUAUACAGUUGGACUACCACAGUCCGCAAAUUCUACUAUCAGUGAACUACAAGGCAAGCAACCUCCUGGACCAAGAAUGCCAGAUGGAACACGAGGCUUCACCAUGGGUCGGGGCAAGCCACUUUAUGUUACUACAGUUUAGGAUGUUUGAAUAAUUGGGCUCUUUGAACUUCAAAGUUCAUAAGUUAGGGACUGUAAUCUGCAGUUUUUCAUUUUCAUACUGUUUAGUUCAAGACACACCUUAUUGAUAUCCAAUUUUUAAGCAGUAAUAAUCAUAUAAAGGUAUUGUAAUUCCAAAACCUUUAAGUAUUUUGUACAAUGUUAUUAAUAUGAAUAUUUUGUACAAAUAAAAUUGCUUU